UCGCUGGGGUUCGGCUGCGUCCGUCCCGCCGCUCGCCCGUUGCCGCCGCCGCCGUCGCCGCGCUCUCGCUUCGCCGGCAGCCGCCUAAGGGGGCUGGGGCCGGGCCAAGCCGUCGCCGCUGUUGCCGGGAUGCCGCGGGUGUACAUCGGCCGCCUGAGUUACCAGGCCCGAGAGCGCGAUGUGGAGCGCUUCUUUAAGGGCUACGGGAAGAUCCUGGAGGUGGAUCUGAAGAACGGAUAUGGGUUUGUGGAGUUUGAUGAUCUGCGUGAUGCAGAUGAUGCUGUUUAUGAACUAAAUGGCAAAGACCUUUGUGGUGAGCGAGUAAUUGUUGAGCAUGCCCGCGGCCCACGUCGAGAUGGCAGUUACGGUUCUGGACGCAGUGGAUAUGGUUAUAGAAGAAGUGGCCGAGAUAAAUAUGGCCCUCCUACCCGUACAGAAUACAGACUUAUUGUGGAGAAUUUGUCAAGUAGAUGCAGCUGGCAAGACCUAAAGGAUUAUAUGCGUCAGGCAGGAGAAGUGACCUAUGCAGAUGCUCACAAGGGACGCAAAAAUGAAGGGGUGAUUGAAUUUGUGUCCUAUUCUGAUAUGAAAAGAGCUUUGGAAAAGUUAGAUGGAACUGAAGUCAAUGGCAGAAAAAUCAGAUUAGUUGAAGACAAGCCAGGUUCUCGACGACGCCGGUCCUACUCCAGGAGCCGGAGCCACUCAAGGUCUCGUUCCCGAAGCAGACAUUCUCGUAAGAGCAGAAGCCGAAGCGGCAGCAGCAAAAGCAGCCAUUCUAAGAGCAGAUCUCGGUCCAGGUCAGGCUCGCAUUCCCGGAGCAAGAGCCGCAGCCGCAGCCAGAGCCGCAGCCGCAGCAAGAAGGAAAAGAGCCGGAGCCCCAGCAAGGAUGACAAGAGCCGCAGCCGCAGCCGCAGCGCCGACAAGCGCCGCAGCAAGAGCAAAGACCAGGCCGAAGAGAAGGUCCAGAACAGUGACGGCGCCGGGAAGUCCAAGAGCCGGAGUCCCAGUCGGCACAAAAGCAAGAGCAAAAGUCGCAGCAGGAGUCCAGAGAGGCGAGUGGAGGAGAAGCGCGCGAGCGUGAGCAGGAGCAGAAGCAAGGAGAAGAGCCGCAGCCAGGAGAAGGGCGUCCACAGGAGCCGCAGCCGCAGCCAGGGCGGCAGCCGCAGCCGCAGCCGCAGCAAAAGCAAGGACAAGCGGAAGGGCAGGAAGAGGAGCCGUGAGGAGAGCCGCAGCCGCAGCCGCAGCCGCAGCCGCAGCAAGAGCGAGAGGAGCCGAAAGCGGGGCAGUAAGCGCGACAGCAAGUCGGGCAGCAGCAGCAAGAAGAAGAAGAAGGAGGACGCCGAGCGCUCGCAGUCCCGGUCGCGGUCCCGCUCGGCCUCCAAGGAGCGGGAGCACGCCAAGGCGGAGUCCGGCCAGAGGGAGGGCCGAGGGGAGAGUGCGGAUGCCGGCACCAAUCAGGAGACCCGGUCCCGGUCAAGGUCCAAUUCCAAGUCCAAACCCAACCCUCCAUCAGAAUCACGCUCCAGAUCAAAGUCCGCUUCAAAAACCCGGUCUCGGUCCAAGUCCAGAUCCAGGUCUGCGUCCAGAUCGCCCUCUCGGUCUAGAUCCAGGUCCCACUCGCGGUCCUAACUGGCUACGAGCACAGCUGGAACUCCCCGAGAAGUCUUUUGUACAUGUUUGGUAGCCGUAGCACAAGUGAUCCAAGUAGAACAUAUGUCACUGCUGUACAUUUUUAACUCCCCUAAUGGUGUGUCUACAAUUGUUCAAUCUAAGUGCUUCCUCUCCGUAAAGCCUCCUGGCACCAGGCCUUCCUGCUCGACUGAAAACGAUCUUCUCUUUGAAAACCCCUUUACUCAUGGCCCACAGUAGAAUAUCCAAACCACCGCGGCCCUCAGCCUGGCCUUUCCUACAGGGAGCUCAGUACCUGGACGGCUUUCAGGCUGGAAUGCUGACAUAGGUAGGUACGGUGAGUUCAGCCAUUUUUGCCCUUGAAUUGAUGCCCUUUGAUGUUUGCCAUUUAGUGAAAGUGCGAAGUCUUAAGUUUCCUACCACUUUGGUUUCAUACUUUUGGACUUAACAAAGUUGUGAAUAGCACAGUCGAGGAAAAUUGAUACCUGCAGUAACCCAUAGGAAAUAAACUGUAGAGUUCCAUAUUCUGGUAUUGUGAUUAUAUUGUUUUAUAUUAAAAAAGAAAAGAAAAGAAUUUUUUUUAAUUUUAUUUUUCCCCGUCUUGCAAAGUAUAGUGACCCCUGUUUCCAUUAAAUUUGAAUAAAGACUAUUUUUGCUUGACAAAAUUUCACGGUGUUUGAAUCCAAGUUGCAUCUCCUGAUCUAUCUCGGUAUUCCUUUUCUUAGCAUAAAAAGUUCAGAGUGUCACAUUCCUGGUGGUCACCCACGAGUGGGUAGGGAGCCAGCCGUUAUUCCUAAAGGAUUUUUCUCACCCAACAGAAUAAAGACAGAUUUCUUAGGAAGUU